AUGUUAUCUAAUUCCGACUCAUUAAAGAGGUAUCUUUUACAUCUCCCUGCAAAUUCUCUGUUUUCCUUUACAAAUGAUCUGAAACGAGAUAUUCGUAAGGCAUUAUUCUGGGCCAUAUCGGGCCAAGGUCAAUUCUUAGAUUGGAUAUUCCCCAUGGCAUUUAAAGGAGGCGCUGAUUUAUCUGAGGUAGUCUCACGUAUAGAGGAAUUCAACUGGCUGUUCAGUGAGUACUGUAAAUCUUCCUUGGCACAACAAUCUAGAGAAGGUUGUUCUCAACUUUCUACUAAACACAUACAUAAUCAUCACGCCUUCCAUGAAAAUCUGCCCUGUGCAAGAAUUUUUAGAAAGGGUGAGCCUAUAUAUCGUUGUCUUACCUGUGGGUUUGAUGAUAAUUGUGCUCUUUGUUCACAUUGUUAUCAUCCUCAAUAUCAUGAAGGUCAUAAAGUACAUAUUACUAUUUGUCAAAGGGAAAAUGGAGGAGUAUGUGAUUGUGGAGAUCCAGAAGCUUGGGUGAAUCAAUACACCUGCCCAUAUGCGAAAUCAGUAGAAGAUGAAGAGACAGCAGCAACAACUCCAGAAGUUAAAGCAACUCCUAUAGAUCUUCAAAAAUCCUUUUUAGAAACUAUUGAGAUUCUUUUGGAUUAUGUUAUAGAUGUGAUGUCACAGUGUGAACUUCAAUUUGAUAACCCUCAAGAUAUUGAAUUGAGCCGAAUUCAUAACGCAACUUUUAGAAGCAGCUUGAAUUCUUCCAAAUAUGGAUACUCUGAAUCAAUUGGGGAAGAGGCAUUGGAUAGAAAUUCAGAGAAAUUUUAUCUUAUGGUUUACAAUGAUCAAAUACGACACUAUAGAGAUGCGGUGCAACGAAUUUAUCUUGCUAGUAAGAAAGUUCCACAAUUUGCCGAAAUGAUUACUGAAAAAGUACAAAAUUUUGGAAAAGCAAAGGUAAUAAGUUCUAAAGAUAUUAAUCUUUUGCGAGAAAGACAAAGAACACUUGCUUCCACUGGCUUAGCUACUUGCAUUCGAAGUCACAGAGACAUUUUUCGAGAAGACAUGUGUCACGAAAUACUUACAUGGAUCUAUGAUCUUACAGAAAGUGAAAUGUUCAAAUCGAAUAAUGAUUUGAAGAAUCUAUUUUGUAGAGCAUUUUGUGGGAAGUGGAACAAUGGUCUUCUUCAUUAUUCUCAAGUUGCUGAUCCGAGCUAUAUAUACAAGGUGGGGACACUUGAUCCAAGUUUAAGGAUUCCAAAGAUUCCAUCUUGUCGAUCGCAAGCGGGAAAUUUAGAAACAACAGAAACCUUACAGAAAUCUGCUGCUCAUUGGUCAUUCACGCCUUCGAAGUGGCAACUUCCUCAAAGCAUGUGUGAAGAAUGUGAAUACAACUUGACAGAUAUAGAUUAUCAACCAGACACAAGCCACGUUGGCUCUAGAUUUCAAUAUUUUAUUUACCUUGAUGUUAGAUUUUGGAAAUCUAUAAGAAUUCUACUUCAUGAUAUGUUUUCAACUUCUCUUAUCACGAAUUUGGAUUAUAAAUAUAUAAUCUGCUGUCAAUAUGUUGAUAUAUAUCCUGCUAUUGCUGAUAUGUUCUUAACAAUGGAUAGAGAACCAGAGUUGAGUGUGAUGUGCACAUUAUCUACACAACUUUUCACCUGUCCUACAAACUCUACGUCUAUAGUUGAACAUGGUGAUUUAUCCCGAAUUUUUGCAUCAAUAUAUGGGUUUCUCACUGUGGAAGAAAUUGGAUCGCCUCAAAGCAUUGAACUGACACAUAGUAUAUCAAUGAAAAGUUUGAAGAAUAGAAGGUGGGGUCAAAUAUUCUUUGAUAUUGGUUAUAUCUUGAGCAGAAGUAAAGAUUCAAAAUCCAUUCUAGCUAGCAAUAUCGUUCCUAUGGCGUGUGAUAUUCUUGCAUUAUUCCAAGGUAGACCUGUAAUGAAACGAGAAUCAAAAAACCAUAUUGAAUACGAGAAUCCUGAUUAUUCUGCCUUUUUCCAUGCUAUUCUGGUCAUCUAUCAAUUUGCCGAUCAUAUUGCAAGUUGUUUAUGUUAUUUGGGAGACAUUUCCCGGGGUGAACAAAUGGAAAUUUCUAGAAAUGUCAUCAGAUACGUUGUUAAAUUUCUUUUGAGACUCGAAAAUGCAGAAUAUCCCGGAUUAAUUGAUGAUUCUGUAGAUAUCAAACUCUCUAAAGAUCAACUUACCAUGUUUGAAAAAUCAGAGGGAGGUAUUAUUCAAAAUUAUGGUAUUGAUAAGGAAAAGGUCAGUUUCUUACAUCCCAUCCAUUCGUUCUUAUCUUGGUUAAUAGAACUCUCAGAAUUUGAAUCUCCGAAUACAAUAAAGGACGUUUUUGGAGACGCCAUUCGUGAGUUUUCAAUGUAUUCCGAUGAUACAUACAUUACUAUGAACUCCAGUUUACAAUUACGUGAUAUUGAAGUCGGAACUAACUAUGCAACAUCCAUAUUUGAAUACCCCAUUAGAACAAUUGUAUUAAUGUCUCAAAUAAAAUCAGGAUUUUGGGUCAGAAAUGGAUUUAGUGUCCGUUCCCAACUUCAAUUAUAUAGGAAUACUGGUUUACGAGAAAGUGGAUAUAUGAGAGAUUUGUUUCUCACUCAAGUCUUUAUUAAUACCAAUAAUCCCAACCUUGUUUGCUUCUUGUUAUUCAAUCGUUGGUUAUUAAUGGAUGGUUGGAUAAACAAAAAAAGUAGUACUGGUGAAGAUAUUGAGCCAUCAUAUGAUCAAAAGACAUUGCCUUAUAUGAUUGAAGAAUGUUUAAGUUUUUUUAUUCAUGUAUUGACCGAAGAUCUUUACUUGAGAGGAUUGUCGAGUGAAAAAAUUAGUGAGUUAAGAGUACGUUGUGAAAUUAUUCAUAAUUUGUGCUUUGGCCCUACUAAUUAUACAAAAUUAUGUUCUCAAAUUCCGGACCAUAUUUCAUCAGAAAAGAAAUUUGAUUUGAUUUUGGAAGAAAUGGCAACAUUUGUUUCACCGGUUGGCUCAAAUGAUAUUGGAGUUUACAAGUUGAAAGAGAAAUACUUUGAAACUUUAAAUCCAUAUUACUUUAAUUAUACCACAAACACCAAAGAUGACGCUAUUAAGUUGGCCAAGGAAAGAAUUCAUAAAAAAACUGGAAAACCUAAAUCGGAAAUUGUUGUGGUGCCUACGAUAAGAAAGGCUUCAGAAUUGGGGGUUUACAAAUUUAUUGGUAAUUUCUCGAUAUCCAUUUAUUUCCAAAAGUUUUUAUUAACAACUCUUGAAUAUAUCACCAAAGAAGGUAUUGAAAAGGCUGACAGUUUAUUGGAAACAAUAUUGCACUUAAUCCAUAUUUGCUCAUUCGAAGAGACUAUUGAUACUGCUACUUUCGGUACAUUUUACGAUGUAUUUAUUGGAAGACCUGAAGGAAUGAAUCAAUCUAUCGUUGCUUCUUUGUACCAUAUUUUAACUAACGAUGCAUUCAAAGACCAUCAUGCGAAGAUCAUGGCGAUUUAUAAGGUAUUGGAAAAUAAAUACCAUACAUUAUAUGAAGAACUUAAAAGAGAAGUUCCAAACUUUUCUUUCGCAAACCUCGAGGUGGACAACAGCCAGUCACUGGAAGAAAAUGAGAUUGACCGCAAGAAAAGGUUAGCAAAAGAGAGACAAGAAAAACUUAUGGCUAAAUUUAAAAAGCAACAAUCUCUGUUCCUUCGAAAGAAUUCAAUUGAUAAUGGUGAUUGUAGUGAUAUUGAUAUGGACGAAUAUGACGACGAUGUUGGUUGGAAAUUUCCAGAAUCACAUUGUUUGCUAUGUCAAAAUGCAGCUGAAGAUGCAGGUCCCUUCGGUAUUAUAACACACGUUUCCAAAUCAUCAGAGUUUCGUGUUGUCCCAUUUGAUGAUCAAUAUUGGUUUUUAAAAUCAUUCUCCGAUGGUGUAAGUUUGGAUGUCGAUGAGAAAACUACCCCUCAAGACAUUUACACCGAGAAGUGGAAAACUUAUAUGAGCGAUAUAAAAGAAUCCAACGUUGUCGGACCAGGAUUCCCAAAUCAACACGUUGACAGUAAAUUAGUGUCUCUGAGUUGCGGACAUGGGAUGCACUUUCAAUGCUACCUCAACUAUCUUAACAGCAGUAGAAGCAGAGCUAGUCAAAUUACUAGGAAUACACCUGAAAAUGUUGAACAUAAAGAGUUCUUAUGUCCUCUUUGCAAAUCUAUAAACAAUAUGUUUAUUCCAAUCCUUUGGAAUUGUAAUAAAUCGUCCCUUUCCAAGUUUUUGAAAGCACCAGAAAACUCACUUAUUCUGGAAUAUGGGUCUUUUGGUUUAUUGACCAGAGAAAAACUUCGCGAUACUGAUUGGUUUAAUGAGUUUGUCGAAGGAGCAAAGUUGGAUAUCACAUCCGCUUCCAACUUAACUGCAGGUGCUCUUGAAAUGAUUCAAAAAACUUCAUUAGCGUCAGAAUCAACUACGAAUCAACAAUAUUUCCAAGUUUUAUUAUCUGACAUGUUCCAAACACUUGCGCUGUUAACAUUCCCGUACAUCUUCAAAGCUGAUUCCGUGAUAGUUCUAGUCAACAGUAUCAAAUCGGCAGAGAUUGGUUUGAGAGGAUUGUCAUCUAAUGGGGGUAUUGUUAUCAACCAACUAUCAAAUAAUUCCUUGAUUAAUUUACGAACUUUGAAUGAAUUCAGGAAUACUAGCCUAUACAUUAAAUCUAAUUACGCUGCCACAAAUAAUCGCCAACGAGAGCUUUAUGUAAAACUAUUGGCUAAUUUAAUGUUCUUAAACGAGGAUUCAUUCAACCAAUCCGUAUUACAGCAGGAUUUCUUUGAGCUCUUGGUCAACAUGUUUCCUUUGCCGACAUGUGGUUUUAGUUUCAAUAUAAUUUUGAAAAUGUGCUUUUUGGGCCACGUUUUUCAAACGUUCAAUACCAUAUCAACUCAAAUUGCUCGUCAUGGAUACUAUGAUAAUGGUAAAUACUCAAUAUUGGAUGUUCCUAUUUUUAGUGGCAUUAGUGAUGAGAUCGCCGCUUUAUCAAUGUCACUUUUCAGAAGAAUCACAAAGCAUGACCAUCUUUUGAAUAACUUGGAAGUAGGAAAGGUUAUUUUUUCAAUGGUAGUCAAAGCGUGUACUCCAUUUUUGAGAAGAGCAGCAAUAUAUGCGUUUGUUUCUUGUGCAGAUGUCGAGAAUUACUUCACAGAGUAUGAAAAUGAAGUAUGCGAAGUUAAUAAAUUAUGCACCUUUUUAGGUAUCGAUACUUUAGAGCAGUUGUUUUUGAAAUUUAAAUUCGAAUCAAAUGUCGAGUCUAUCAAGUUGAGAUCAUUUGUCGAGUACAUGGAGCAACCCAAAGCACAAAAUUCAAUUGAAUUGGAUAAGGCUCUUGAGUAUCCUGGGAUAGUUAGGCUAGUGGACUUGCCCGAGAGAUUAGAUUUCUUUUUCACUAAAUAUUAUUAUCUGGACAUUUAUGAAACUCCUCAUAGAAGAAUUGAAAAUCCAGCAAUCUGUCUAUUCUGUGGUGAUGUUCUCGACGUUCAAAAAUCAGCAAAAUCAGGAAGGGAAGGUCAAUGUACAACACAUUUCAUGAAGGAAUGUGCUAAUAAUGUUGGAAUUUAUUUACUCCCUAAAGAACGAUGUUUAUUACUUAUGCAUAAAAAUGGUGGUUCGUUCUACAACGCCCCAUUUUUGGACCAGCAUGGCGAAUUACCUUCAGAAUCAAAAAGAGGAAAGACACUCUACUUGAUGGACAAAAGAUAUGACGACUUCAUUCGAAAUGUUUGGCUUCAACACGAUAUCCCUAAUUACAUCACUCGGAAGCUUGAUAGUGUCAUGGAUGCAGGGGGAUGGGAUACUUUAUAG